GUAUGGCGGCUAGUUUCGUGAGACUCUUAAUAUCAAAACUAAAUUCAUACUCAACAUCAUUUUUAUUCAGUCAUUACAGUAAUUGGACACUUUAUAUCGAUCAAAAUAUUUCGGGAAUAAAAUCAAAACGACGGAAACCAGACGCAGACCACUUUUUACGCACCAUUGACUUGCUUCUAAUUUAGACACUCGUAAAAAUCAAUUUCCACAUCCGCGCUAGAAAAACAUAAACUUUUCAGAACCAAUCACAUAACAACUUAAUUUAAAUUAACUGUUCGGCGCCCGUAAAUAAUAGAUGUUGACGCGUCAAUUAUUACUCCAAAUCGCUUCCCGCUCAAAAUUAAAAAAAACAUGGGCGGUUCUAUUGCAAGCCACGCCUCGAAAUUUAAACUAAUUUCGAAAGAAGCAUGGCGCGCGGUGUUCUAAAACCAAUUUAAAUUUGAAAGUUAAUACGGUUGGUUUUCAGAUUACUGAACGUAAAUCUUAAAGCUUUUAAUAAUGGUUCUUAUUGCUUUGAUUUAAAGUGUAAGUGGUUUCGAACGAUGCUUGUGGGAGUGUUAUUUGACGUUUGCGAGAUAUUUUUUCUCCCGCACAUGUUUUGGCUUGGGCGUCCAACGCCAACAGCCAGAACCGAGCAAGGAUUCAAUUAGUUCACACAUUAGUAAGAAAGUUAGAAUAAUUAAAUUAUUUAAAGUAAUUCGAUAAGCUAGUGGAUUAAUAACAAUUAUUUGCGAGUUGGAACGAUGGUCUAAUUUAAAGUAGAGUUGACAGUGCGCGUUCAUGAUAUUAAACUUCUUGGCUAUAUUCAAUUUCGUUUAUUUAAAUUUGUGGUUUUCGACGUAAUUGAAAUGGACCCGAGCAAAGACACCCCACGUCAAGAUGUGGCAAAGUUGUAUGAGAACAAACCAGCGCAAAACCACACAAACCCCAACAUUGCCAGCUACACGGAUAAUAGCCACAACCUGUUCCAAAUGAUCAAGUGUCACGAGGAUAGCUUGCUGCGGUUGCAUCACUUGACAGCAGCCGGCCGCCAUAACACCUACGAGCAGAACUACCAAAACGAGCUCCCCUGGUACUCCAAGCAGCAGUACAUGAAGCCCGUCGAAUACCUUGCUUAUGAGGACACGCUUCGCCGAAAAUUCGAUGAGAAAGAGAAGGAAGAUGAGAAGGAUAAGGAUGAGAGAAAGAAACCGAGGAGGAACAGAACGACGUUCUCGAGUCAGCAGCUCGCCGCGCUUGAGAAGGUAUUCGAAAAGACACAUUACCCAGACGCGUUCGUGAGAGAAGACUUGGCAGCGAGGGUCAAUCUUACAGAAGCCAGGGUUCAGGUAUGGUUCCAAAACCGUCGCGCCAAAUUCCGUCGGAACGAACGCUCGGCGCUGUCCAGCCGCACCCUCCCGUCGUCACCCGAGCCCGUCCCCGUCCCCAUCGGCCAACCCGACCGACCCGAGCUGAGAAACAAAGACUGGCUGCACUUCCAACCCACUUUCAACGUACCUAUCGUCAACUCCAUGUAUCAGAAUGAAUACCUGAUGAUGCAGAAUAAUAGACAGUACGUGCAGAACUCGCAGCUCAUGGGGUACAACGAGGGGUACUCGUGCGGGCUGAUGGGGUACACGGCGCCGCUGCAGUCGCACGCGCCGUACAACUUGAACCUGAGACAUCGCGAAUUUUCUAUUAAUAAUAUUACUUUAUAAGAUUUGUAGUUGAUUAAUAAAUGUAUAACUA